CGUCACGGCGACUCAUUCCCGUAAUGGCCGCCGUCUGGUGUUGUCAGUGAGUGUGCGAGUACCUGUCGGGAGCGGUUGCGUUUACGACGUCGGAUAGCGUUCGAGGUAGUCGCGGUAGUUCGGGUGAAACGAGACCGGUGACAGUCUGAGUGUGACGCGAGUGCGCGAUGUGCCGUGUCGUGUCGUGUCGCGGCUGAUUCGCGCCAGCGGCGAUUUAAAAGCGAGCGACUGGAUUUCGUACAUAGUGGUGUGUGCUACCCUUCUCUCUUCUGCCCUUCUCCCCCUCUCUCUCUCUCUCUCUUACAAACUUUUCUCCCGUUUCUCCCCUUUUAUUUCUCUCCCCCGUCCGUCCGUCCGUCCGUCUGUUUACCCGAAGCAUCGACCGCGACGAGUGUCAACGACUCGUCCGAAAAUCGGUGCGUCGAUCUGUCGUCUCUCUCUUUGUAUAUCUAUAUCUGUCCUGUCUUUUCGCGAGCGCGAGAUGAGACGCCGCUGAUGCAACGGCGUCGUCGCCGGGCUUCCUCGCCGAGAGAUGAUAAACACGUCGAGUAACAGCGCGCGCGAGUGAAGAGAGACGACCGUUUGUUUUUUUCCCUUUCUUUUUCUUUUCGGUUUGUCGAUAGUCGAUCCGAUAGACGAGAAACAAGAGUCGCUGCGGGGCCGCGGGUCCCGAAUUCUUCCUCACGUGGUUCAAGGUCAUUCUAAAAGCAUCCGGACGUCACGAGCGCGGACGGUACAAAGUGACGCUUUCCGCGCGAAAGAGCUGUCGGCGACCGUAUGGCAAGACUUUUCUGACUGGUGUUUUCGUCUCAACCCCCUGGAACACCCCGCGCAAGCUUCCUCGGACGUGACGACACCAAGUGUUGCAACGUCCGAUAUCCGAUGCACCGAAGAUCUGAAUCAGCCCGCGAGAAGUCGUCCGCCGACGACGAGGAGAGAGGAGCCGUGCCAAGUUCUGGUGCCGCGGUCUUCCUACGCUUCGCUUCGAAUCCGUGACGUUAUCCUGGAUCGCAUUGCACGUCUCUUCGAGGAUAACGUUCAUCCGUGAUCGACCGACUGUGAUUUCAACGUGUGACGCCACUGCCAAAAAGGAUACAAACUUGCAUCGAUCGCGAACUUGCGCUUUCGUCUUCGCUUCCUUCGCCUUCCAGUAUCUUCGUCGAGGACGAAGUCUUCCACGUUGUACCAGAAAGUAUAUUUCAUCGUCUUACACCGAAAACCCUCUAUGUCUUCCGCGGAUUUCCACGUCCUUAAUCGGCCAAGAAAAGGACUCUCGACUUCCUCAAACUUCGUUUGAAGUACACAAGAAAAUAAAGAAGGUGCGAUUCUUCUGCCGCUACGACAUCGAGUUCCUCGAGGAUGUCUCUUGACUAGAGAUCUCGAUUUGUUGACUUCAUAUCACGUUAAUCUUGAUCAUCUGUGCACCUUGCUUCUAUCAUCUGAACACGCUCGAAGCAUCCUGGUGUCUUCGUUUGCGGCCAUCGACAGUCUAGAAUUUUUCUCAUCACUCGGAUACGGCAGGACGACGCCGUGACGACCGAGAUCGAGGGGCACAUCUUCGAGCCGGCUGCGUGUGAUGCGUCGCACGCAGGGCCGCCGCUGCUGCUGCCGUUUCGCGUCAGCUUGCGCGACCGUCUCGUCGCAAUAACGGCGAAGAUGUUCGGGAAGGUGCCGCCGUCGAACACGCCGGGUCCGCCUAAUAAUAACGGCGGUCAGACGUCAGCUAAACCGUGCGUCAGACUGACGACGACGAUGACAACGACGAGCACGGCGUCGUGUUUGCCGUGCUUCUCGACGGAGGAGACGUCGACGUUGGGUGUCGAUGAUAAAGCGAGAUUCUGGCGACCGACGAAGGACAACACCGACGACUCUGUCGCGGUUGUCUCCGAAGCUCCUUGCAAUUCUCUCCAACCGUUCACGGACACCUCACCCGUCACAGAGCUUCCUAGAUCCUGCAGGACCGACCCGACGACAACGAUGAUCUGCGUCACCGCUUGUUCCAAGACCUCGGCCAAGUGUUCGCCCAAGGAAGCAGCGUCACAGAUUGGCAGGAAUCACGCCAAUGCGAUGCAAAAGUGCACCUCCAGUCAGAACUGUGCGAAUUUCCUGAAGGAAAUCCGAAAGGCCGGUAGAUCGCGGAGACCGCAAUCCGCCUCGACUGGUAGUCUCAAUGUCGAGUCGUGUACAAGAGACUGUACAAAAACUGUGAAGAAGAUUGUUGCCAUUGGUCGAGAGCCUUCGAGCGGCAAAGAGCAGCAGACAGCUGGCGACAGAACGACGUACAACGAGCAGCAAUCCAAAUGCUUUCAGGCCAAGUUACCCUCCGGGACGUCUUCCGAAAUGAUGAACCAACCACCAGGCGAAAAGAAAUCUAACGAGGAUCUCCUGGUGGACACAUCCGCGAGUUAUUCCUCAAACAGUGCAUCUAACGUGUCGACUGUAAGCGAGUUGUUGUAUGUGCAUCAAAAGCCGGCGCCGAGGAUAGUCGACGUAAAAGAUGGCGCCGGCGAUUCUACGAUCACCACCGCAACCUGCGAAGACGACUCCUGCGUCAGUGACUUCGUCACCUCGACGCCGGCCAAGGAUUGGACGUCUAGGAAGGUCAGCAGCGAUGCGUUGCAGAAUUGCGUGGCCUGUGCGCCGCAGGAUCUCCCCACGGAGCUGCAGUCGUCCACGUCCUUGAGGAACUACAAGGAGAAGUGUCGCGAUCUGUCUUGGCGACCCACGGAGAUGACGGAGAGCGCGAUACAUGGAUUGACAAUAUGUUCGGGCGAGACGUUUCAGGAUACGAGCUCCAAGAGACGCACCGGGGCAUCCUGUCAGGCGCUCAGGCACGCCGUCGCCUCGUUAAAUCGUCUGGACGACUUUUACAUGGAGAAAAUUGGCGCGGGCUUCUUCUCCGAGGUUUACAAGGUUACUCAUAAAGUGACGAGUCAGGUGAUGGUGCUCAAGAUGAAUCAGCUGCCGGCGAAUAGACCGAACAUGCUCAAGGAAGUUCAGCUCAUGAACAAGCUCAGCCAUCCGAACAUACUAAGGUUCAUGGGAGUGUGCGUACACGAGGGUCAACUGCACGCAUUAACGGAGUAUAUCAACGGUGGCAGCUUGGAACAGCUGAUUAUGUCACGGCAUACGCCGUUACCGCAUCUCAUCCGGAUGAACCUCGCCAGGGAUGUAGCUCGUGGUAUGGCCUACCUGCACAGCCGUGGCCUAUUCCAUCGUGAUCUUACGUCCAAGAACGUGCUGAUCAAGAAGGACGAGUGCAACAACGAGAUGAUCGCGGUUGUGGGUGAUUUUGGAUUGGCCGCAAAGAUACCGGACCCAAGCACGGGUUAUCGACUCAGUACUGUCGGUAGCCCUUACUGGAUGUCACCCGAGUGCCUCAAGGGUCAAUGGUAUGAUCACAGGUCCGACGUUUUCUCAUUCGGCAUCGUCGUAUGCGAGCUGAUUGGCCGAGUGCCGGCAGAUCCGGACGUUCUGCCACGCUCAGAUAACUUUGGCCUCGAUUAUCUGGCCGUGGCGGAGAUCUGCGCGGCCGCCGAUCCUCCGCCCGCCUUUCUGCAACUCGCCUUCAAUUGCUGUACAUACGAACCCAAGUCCAGACCAACCUUUCCGGAGAUCACGACUAAUUUGGAAACCAUAAUAGCGACCUGCGAAGAAGAAUUAAAAAGCAACGUGGGUAAACGACAAUCGACCGUCGAUUCGACGUUGAUGUCCAGUAUGGACGAAAUUACGCGAGAAGGACGCACGACAAAGCGACGUACUGCAAAAAUUAGAAGUCAGUCGGCAGACGCGAGAGGUUGUGAUAAUGCCACUCCCUCCGAUAAGGCGAGAUGUCAUUCCGCCAGGCGGGUGGCUGAGCUUGCCAGCAAACGGGAUCCGCAUUAUAGACCGAUGACGGCGAAUCCGUUUCACGCAUUGGGCGGUGUCAAAAAGAUCCUUGGUAAUCUGUUCUCCAGUUGUCUAGAGCUACCCUCCCUAGAAGAUGUGCGACCCAGUGCUAUUGACGGCGCGUGCAGCAAAUUCAAGCCGGCGCAGAAUGAUAGUAUCGCUAAGAUUCUGGACAGGAAAAAGCCGAGCUCUGAACCGAGCAGCCCUACUGCUAGAAAAAAAUGGGAGAGAAAAGUCGCCACCAAGGUAGGAGCUGCGAGUCUCUUUACUCAUCCCCUCUUUCGCGAUGGUUGGGAACCACGGAGACGUGGCAGCUGCGAAUCCGGCUUUUGGAGUUGCGUUGGCGAGGACCUGAGUCCGGAGCCACCGAAUCGACGACAUACCUCAACCCUCAGCAGUUCAGCGGCAAGCAGUCUGUUUUUGCUGGAUGAUCAUCGGACUAGCUCGAUCUACACGGAUUCCUCCGAGGACAUUGCCAGUUUGGGUGGUGGUGACUCAUGUUGGGAAGAUCGAUUAAACGGCAUUGGUUCUUCAAGCAAGACCAUUUCGAAAAUUGUUGAGUACUUCGAAAAAAAGCAGGCGAUGGCGGGUAGGCUCGGUGAACACGGCGAUACCGCUGGUCCCAGCCGCCUGACCCUGCUGCGGGCCAGUUUGGAAGGAUCCGUACCCAUCAGUAACAUCUCAGCCGCGCAACGACUGGUCGUAUGUGAGGGUGCCGUACGUAGCAAACUUGCAUUAUUCGACAAGAAGUGAUAUUACGCCUGACGGUCGUUUGACAGUUUCUUAUCGUUUCCUUUUGACAUUCAAAGAGCGUCCGCAUAAAAAAGCCUAUACAAUGAAUGCGACAUAGAUUGAGGAGAGUUUGCCUCGUCAUCGUGCAUGAUGACGGCAAGUAUCCUGAGACGUUACACGACAAUUAAAUACAUAGCGCGUUCUUAUAAGCACGUAUAAUUAAGAGUGGAGAACAAACAAUGGUAGUUAUAUUAAAAAUAAUAGUAUUUGCGAUUUUAUUGCACAUAAAGAUUACGACAGGUAAAGAAGGGAAUUAAUAGUACCAGCGCGUCAUACAUGACUUGUAGGCAGGAUAGUGAUAUACACGCGCAGCGUGCUAAAGGACAUUUCUCUAAAAACCUAAUAACCUGACUGUGAUGUUUUUUGAUAAUCUACAUACAUACAUAAUUGAGCUGUACGACUGAAAUUUGGCGAAGCCAUCGGCACAUAGAAUCUUUAAUACAUGAGUCGCGUUUCACCUGGACUAUAACGAGACAUUGUUCGGAAGAAAAAAGCGAGAGAGAGGACGAAGCAAUAGCGAAUUUCUUUUGAAAAAUGCGUUUAAGAUUAGCGCUGGCGCAGUGCUAAUUGAUUUCUUGGAAUCGACGUACGUUUUGCAGUGCCUCGCAGUUCCUAGUAGCCAUCUCCGUCCUUAUGCACACGAACCGUGCUUAUUAUCGAUCACUGCAAGAGAGAUAUUCAGAUCGAAGAUGUGAGUACGAAUUACUUUUUUUAUUUUAGGCAAAUAAGCAAAUCGUCUUAUCUGACCAUUUUAAUUUUAUAAUUGAUAUUUCCGAUUAAUUUUCGAUCGAUUUGUUACGGUUGUUUUUCUUUUUUGUUUCAUAAUGUGUUAAUAAUAUGCAACUUCAUCAAUUUUUAAUUCUAAAUCUUUAAAAAUAUUUAAAGAUACUGACCUGUUAUUGCAGCUAUUCUGGAUUUAUUGCGGAAUAUAUUGAACUCGUUUUAUCAUAUACUCGUACCUCAUAGAAAUUUCAAAAUUUGUCGACGAUUCUUUUUAAUUCAUCAAACAUCAAUUAUAAUCUUAAUUCCAUAAAAUCCAUCUUUUUCUAAAAAUAUAGUAAUAAGUAUUUGUACAUCAAAAUAUAGUUACUUAAGAAAUGAAAAAGAUAUUUACCAAUUUAUUCUAUUAAACAUAAGGAUAACGGUAUAUAAUUGAUCUAUAAUACCUAUUUAUUGAUUUAUAAUAAUCUGUAUAACGUAUAAUAUAACGUAUUCGUUUCAAUUUUUUUCUUCUGAUUAUCUAGUAUACUGCAAUGAGAGGUCAGAAUAAGGCAAGUUCAAUUUACAGAGGCCUACGUUGCGUUUCGCAGAAUUUUUCACUUCGUUUUCGACUCGAUAGAUUAACAUCGAUGCGGCCCAAAGUUCAUUGUGCUACGCGCUUUCGCAACGGUUCGCAAUUUUGCGUGUCGUGACGUUAAUAGCUCGGGACGCGCGGUAUAAAGUGCCGGAGACACAUAACGAUAAUAUAUAUACAUAUAUAUUUUUUUGUUGAUAGAGAUAUUAUUACACACCGUGUCCUGAAUAUCCUUGUUAUGUGAAGCCGAGAGAAUUUGUGUACACUUUGAAAAAAGAACAUAUGAAACUGAUCUAGUCAGUGUAUUAAUGUGGCGGCCUUAUCUUUUAUACGUUGUAGCGCUAAAAACUUAGUAUUUAAGAUGAAACGGCGAGCGUGAAAUGAGCGCGAGAUGAAACUCUGGGCCUCCUGGUAGUACGUAAUGGUUUUUUUUAACAUCGGGAUAUUUAUACAAUAGAAAACGCGAGAGUGACAGCGUGUAAGACGAAUGAGAUGUAUACCUAUGUGUGUGCGCGUUGCGAGAAGAAAGUGUACUCGUCCAAAAUGAUAUACAUAUAGGUAGGCUCACACACAUAUACACAUAUAUAUAAAAUGUGAAUUGUUUCGUCAGACGGCGAGUCGAACCAAAUUUACGAUUGUAGGAUGAUAGAAUAAUAUGAUGAUACCUUUUUACUUGUCGAAGUUCGCUCACGGGUUUACUCUAUAAGACUGUGCGUUCGUUAAAGUAAUAUGUCGUAUAUAAGAUAGAGAAGCUCGAAAUCGCGUCAACGACAUUCGCAGUCUCUUCUUUUGUGUAUAAGAGGAUGCGCGCCGUGCACGGAGUUUUUUCUUCUCGUCUUAAUUUUCGUUCAUCGAGUCGGGGCCUUCCGUUUCUCCUCGAUGCGUCAAUCGGUACCUGAACAAUCGCAGCGAAGGAAGAACUGCGAACGAGUUAAUUCUUAAGCAUGCGGACAUAUCAGGAGUAUGGGCUGAGGUUCAACCCGAUCGAUAAAGGGCAAUAAAUGCGUGAUUAUAAGUGACGAGUGUUGCAAAUUAAUAGUGCGGAUGAAUGAGUGAAUGUGAACGAGGGAAAGAAAAAAAGAAAAAAAAAAUAAUAGAAAGCGAAGUCGGCAAAUCGAGAGACGCAUUUUAAAAAAGAAAUAUGGGUUAUUUAUUUUAAGUAAAAACAAUUAUAUUAAAGAUUAUAUAUAUAUAUAUCUAUAAAUCUAUAAAAGAUAUCGUCUCUUCCAUAUUUUUCAACUGUUAGUCUCUAAACUGUCUCUUCUUACUGUAUAUAUUUAUUACAUUACAAGAGGAUACACGUGCGAUAUCUCGGACUCUUCGUGAUUGUCCGUGUUGAUCGUCAAGAUAUAUAUAUAAUACAAAAGUUA